AGUUGGAGUCAUGGAUAAAGGCGCGGAUUUGUGAAUGAAACCUCAGCGUGGAAACAUCACUCCAGCUGCACCAGAACAGCACGACUCACAAAAUGAAGCGGGUGACCCAAGAAGCUGCAGUUUUGUUUAAUUUCUUUUAGUUUAAAUGGGAACAAACCGGAAACUGCGUGGCAUCUGCUUGCAUUUAAAAUAUUUUUGGUGCGUUUUCUGUCCCUGAAUAUUGGCCACUGAAGAUUCCUUUAGCACAAAAGUCCAGAUUAAUCUGUCGCGUUCGUAUUCUUGCAACCGGUGGCAGUUGAACCCAGUUAAUCAAAGAUAAAAUCGCACUUGACUCACAGAAAUGUCCUGCGAUGUCCCGUUUGGAGACUUCGGCACAUAAAGGACGCGUCGCUCCGGUGCCAUUGAGCGCAAUGAUGCGCACAACUCCCCGGUGCGCGUAGUCUGACCGCCGUGCGUUAUGCUGAAUGGACAGACCUUCCGCGGCCACGGCCGGAUGCGACUUGUCGACCCGAGGCACCUUCCGCAACUGAUGUCCCUGGAGGACCAUGAGCCCACCAUGGUGGGAGGGACCCUGGGGCCCGGCAACUCCACGCCGGCAGGGGAGGAAGGGGCUCCGGGUCAGCAGCACCAGUCCUUCCCCUGGGUGGUGACCCUGCUGGCCGGCGUCCUGAUCACGACCAUCGUGGUGGAUGUUAUCGGGAACCUGCUGGUCAUUGUGUCCGUGUUCAGGAACAGGAAACUCAGGAAAGCAGGAAACGCCUUCGUGGUGAGCCUGGCCCUCGCUGACUUGGUGGUCGCCAUCUAUCCCUACCCGCUGGUCCUGACCGCCAUCUUCCAUGACGGCUGGAUCGCCGGCUACAUCCACUGUCAGAUCAGCGGCUUCCUGAUGGGCCUCAGCGUCAUCGGCUCCAUCUUCAACAUCACGGGCAUUGCCAUCAACCGCUACUGCUACAUCUGCCACAGCCUCAAGUACGACAAACUCUUCUCCAACAGCAACACCAUGUGCUACGUUGUGCUCGUCUGGGCGCUCACCAUCCUGGCCAUUGUGCCCAACUGGUUCGUGGAGUCGCUGCAGUAUGACCCUCGAGUGUACUCCUGCACCUUCGCCCAGUCGGUCAGUUCGCUGUACACCAUCACAGUGGUUGUGGUGCACUUCAUCCUGCCGAUCGGUAUUGUCACCUACUGCUACCUGCGAAUCUGGAUCCUUGUCAUCCAGGUGAGGCGGAGGGUCAAGCCGGACUCGCGACCCAAAAUCAAGCCGCACGACCUCCGCAACUUCCUCACCAUGUUUGUGGUGUUCGUGCUCUUUGCCGUCUGCUGGGCGCCGCUGAACCUGAUCGGACUGGCGGUGGCGCUGGACUCCAGGCUGAGCCGGGCCAUACCGGAGUGGCUGUUCACGGCCAGCUACUUCAUGGCGUACUUCAACAGCUGCCUCAACGCUGUCGUCUAUGGCGUCCUGAACCACAACUUCAGGAAGGAGUACAAGAGGAUCGUCCUGAUCAUCUUUAAGUUUCACUGCUGAGAUGAUUUACCGAGGGGAGAGGCAAGGAGCGGAGGCUAUUUUUAACUUUUAUGACAAGGCUAUUAAAAAGCCAUGAAAGAAAGAAAACAAACUUGACCUUGACAGAGAGAGGAAAGCAGUAGUAAUGAAUGGGAAAUAAAACAAAUGAAGGUAGAAGAAGAAAGAAAAAACACUUUGUACAAGAGAGAAAAAGAGAAGAACUUUAAUAGCUGGAGGAGGAGGAGGGGUGGAGGGUAAAGUGAAAUAAAUGAUCUGAGCGUUAUCAGUGAUGCCUUCAGGGAAACUGAGAGACUUAAGAGAGAGAAAAAUACAUUGAUAGGGAAGAAGAGACCACAGUAUGGAAGUAACUCUUAACUUAGUAAUGUGUUUUAUCAUGACUUUCUUUGUUAAUGAGGUCAUGAAUUACUAUUUGAAUUAAAAUACAAGUUGUAACUUUUUACCAACUUCAUGCUUUGAUCUUGGAUUAUCCAAACAUUGAUCACCUUCUUCCCCCUGAUGCAUUAACUCCUCUAUAAACUAGUUUCAAGACAGAAAAUCUCCAAUGCUGUGAUCUGAAGGACAGAAGACUUUGACUCUUUUUCUGUCUCCUGAUUGUUCACAGGAGAGAAAACUGACUCGUGCUGAUUUCAAAAUGAUGAGAGGGGUUUUUACAAAACAGGUUAUUUGCUGAAAAGAAUAACAAAUUGGUGCUUUUUAGGAAUAUUAAGUAGUGUGAUGAACUUUUGAACAACACAUGAAGAUUUAACAUGAGCUCUGAUAGAGGCGGGCGGCCCCAUUUGUUUACAGUAAUUAUUUUGAUAUUCUAAAUUUGACAUUGAUGGUGUUUUGAGGAAUGAACCAAACUCUCAACGGAACAAAGAAAGAAAGAGGGAAGGAUGGAUGGAUGGAUGGAUGACAAGACAGACGUUGACAGCUGGACCAGAGUCAGCGUCAGACUUUGACUUGACUUGGACGUUUACUUGAAAUGACUUGACCCCCAGCCCCCUGAUCUGAGACAUUUCUGUUGACAAUUUAAUACUUUUUUCCCACUGAAAACUCGUCUUUCAAACCAAAAACUGAUCUUCAAGAAUAACUUACCAUCAGGCUGAAAUGCAGUGUUUUGCUUUUUCCUGUGGUUGAAAGCUUCAAGCCUGUUUCAUGAAUGGUGGGGGUGGCUGAGUGUGGUCAGAAAUGUGUUCUGGUGCACCUGUAGCCACACCCAGCAGUGAUGUCAUGGGGUCCUGGACUACACCUGCACAUCACUGCAACCGGGCGGAAAGGUAAAGCACUGGAGGUCAGUAAAGACGGGAUUUUCAGGGGGUUCAGCUCUCCACACAGUCGCAAGAAUCCAGUCUACACCUCUUGCCACUGUAGCUAAAAGCACUAAUCGCCUCUCAAGGUUGCUUUCAGAUCAAAAUUAGCACAAAAUUAGCACACAGCCUUCUCACAGAUGUCUCUUUUAUCAUAUCAGUGCGGUGUGUGGAGAAAAUCCCUUCUGGACCACAGAAGGGAAUCGCAGCACCUCCUCAAGGGCACACUGGCAGCAAGAUUGAUCCACCGUGCCACAUUCAUAUCUAUUAGUAAAUCCAUGGUCUAGAUGCAGAAGCUCUGGCAAAAAAAAUGCACAUAACCAGUAAAUUACCUUCUAAUGGGAAUGCUGAAGCAUCUACCUUACAGUCAUUAAGACUGUCUUAAACCACGUCUAAUAGUCUGCUGCAGUUCUUUGGAGUCUGAACUUUAUACACCACUUUGUCAAGACACCAAUAUAAGUAAAUGAAAAGAAGACAGACACAUUUGACAGUUGAAGAAUUAAAAAGUUAAAGAAAACAGUAUCUGUUAGACUGUGAUAGCCCCAUUCACAGACCCUCAAUAUAACAUUGUCAAGCAGAUAUACAUUAUAUCCUGAGAGCAUAAGCACCAACAAAAAAAUUGAAAUAAAUGUCAGCACAAAAGUCUACGAUCUGAGCGUGCACCUCGUACACCUGAUAAUAACAGGAAUGUAAAAAACAAGACUGAAACCUGUUAUCACAUUGUACUAGAAAAUCAACUGACUAAAUGCUAUGAAACAAUUAACUGUAAUUAAUUUAUAUUUACAUUCAUAUAAUAUAUUUACUGUAUGAUGAAUAAUUUUAAAUUCUAUUAUUGUAAUCUAAAAAAUAUGAACUAAUAACUAAUUAAUCAGUUAUUGUUAUUGAUUAGUUAAUACCCAUGCUUUUGGUCCUGGAAAUCCUAUGUUUUGGUUGUAAUAAAAUGUAAUCGUAAUAAAAAAUACUUUUAAUCUAUUUUAGGGAAAUUGUUGCAUAUGUCAGACCAUGUCCGACAAAAGUGUGUCCAAACUUUUGACUCUAUGUUUCAAACAUAAUACGCUGCUGGAGCUGCCGUCAGUUUAGGUUUUACAUUAUUUCUCUUUAAUACAUCCAUGUUUCUAACAGACAGACCUGAUUUGAUGUGAAAAUGUCUUUCAUAGUCUCCACGAUGGUGGAUAGUAUCGUAUUGGCCUAAAUAUAAGACAUUUUCUUCUGGGAAUACGGUUUAAAAAGUGGAGGUAGUCUUGUAUUCAAGGACUAGACUAAUUAUGUGUUCACAACGUCAGAGUCAGUCAGUCCUAAAAGUGAUUCGUUAGCAGUCUUAUGAUCAGGUUCAUCCUAUAAUGGGGCCAAUAUCGUAAUUAUUUAUUUCCUGUUGCUAUUUCUCUACCACAGCACCAGUGUUUUUUAUGCAGUGGUAUUUUUAGCAACAACUGUCUAACAUAGUCUAACAGCUAUGGUGUCUUUCUUUCCCUCCUUUGUAUCAUUUCAGAGAGGGAACAUGACUUGUAAUGACUUGCUAAGAACCUGAGACUCAAAAACAAGUUUAGGGUUUGGACUUGACUUUUAGUGCUAACAUUUUGGGACUGAGACUUGUGACUUGCAAAGACUUUGUCUCACCUCUGGGGUUUUUCCUCUGGUGAAAGCUGUAAGCUGUGUUGGUGGUGUUGUUUUUUGCUGCUGACUGACUGUCUCACCUCUUCACAUCAUCAGUUUCUCCUAACGUGGACAUGAAAGGAACAGGUGGGAGGCAAUCUGCUCCUCCUGCAAUAAUCCGCUCAGACGAUACGAAGGCGUUUCCUCACACUCAUGAACCGAACUUGUCUGUGUAUAAGACUCAAAUGAACAAAACCAGGAGGAGAAAAAAAAGACAAAAACACGGUGUCUCUGCCAUUCAGAAGCAAUACUGUGUGCACUUCCAUUUCUAACUUGUCCUCACACAUUAAAACUGUUCAUUUCAGCUCCCAAAACACAUCAGUGUCCCCACAUCACACACCAUCCCAUCAGUGGGUACAAAAAACAAAAAACAAAAAAGAGAUGUGAAAAUUAGUAAUGAAGUUGUGGUUGUUCUGAACAGUAUUCUGACCACAUCACUGUGUUUCACACUCCUGGAAAGUGGAAGAUGAAUGUUGCAUAUGUAUGAAUUAGCGGAUUGCUGCUGUGAUAAUCUGCCUGUGUGCCAGUCCCAUUUUAAUGACCUUGUGUGUGUGUGUAUGUGGAUCAGACAGUUCUGGGACCAGUUCUUCCCAAAUUUAAAGGUCAAACAAGGACAUUUAAAUUGGGUCCAACAAGGACCUUUAAAUUGGCAACAGGGCCAUUUGUUGGAGGGAGAGUGUUUAUGUCUGUGUUUCAUUUUUGUGCCAAAAUGUUCCGGUUGCAAACACAGGGAAGGUUUUUCUUUUUAUUCCUCAUUUCCCAGGAGGCUUUUACUGGAUAAUUUGCAGGUCAAAAAACAUCUACACAUCCAAGCAGAAUCUGAGAAAUAACACAAUUUAGAGGAGAGCUUUCCAAAGGUUGUUACCUUUAGACAAAACCGGGCUAGCUGUUUCCCCCCGUUUCCAGUCUUUAUUCUAAGCUAAGCUAAGCUAAGCUAAGCUAAGGUAAAUAAGAUAAAGUAAGUCAUUACUUUAACUGAAAGGAAGAGUUUUACCUUCUUGGAAUGAGUUUAUUUGCUUUCCAUCUUUCAUGUCCAUACAGUAAAUAUAAAGUUACAGCCAGCAGCAGGUUAGCUUAGCUUAGCAUACUGACUGAAAACUGAGGGAAACAACACAUACACAAAGAGAAAUGUAAAAAUGGCAAUUUGUGGCUUUAGGAGCCGGGUGCAGUGACUUCUGGGAGGCUUGUUGUCACAUCUUCAAGUAUAUAGAUAAUAUUCUUAGAUUACCAGUAUGAACAAUUAAAAACCUUCCAGAGCACUUCAUCUGUGUACGGAAACUGCUCAGUUGUUAUUGAGUUAUCAUGUAAAACAAAUUUUGACAUUUUCAGUCACGUCUUGUACCUGAAAGCACAUUUAAAAACUUUCUAAUUUUAAAGUCAAUAAUAUAUUUUCAUGCUCAAGUAAAGUAGGCUUAAUUACAUGAAAAGUAAAAGGUUUUUACACAGCUACAUUACAUUUAACUUUUGUUUCACAUGAUUAAAUGACUAGAUUUAUAGUGAAUAUUGAAAUAUGAAACAACAGUUAUAAGUAACCUAGAUGUCUCAAAAACAUCCAAAACUUUACCCGGUUUUGAUUUAGAAGCAGACAUCCUCUUUUCACCUGCAAAUUACCAGAAACUGCCUACUGUAUAACAACUGUGUGAUUCCCCAGUUCCCAGGAGAAAAUGAUCAUAUGGGUGGAAAAUAUGUUGAGAUCUUUCUUUAAAAAAAAAAAAAAAAGAAGCCAAUUGUCCAGCUCAGUUUGUCCCAGUCCAGACAGAUGUGAAUUUACAUUAAUAUGAGGUGCAGUUAGUGAAUGGACGCCAGGUGUGGGCUGGUUACAACAGUCUGCUGAGGACAAGUAGAAAAUAUAAUUGGCCUACUGAGGGUUAAAAAAGAUACAGUACCAGCCUUUUACCUGUAGUAGUGUAAAUCGAAACAUCUUAUGUUUAUUUAUGCAAUUAACUGAGCUUGUUGUUGUUGUUAGUGUUUUUGGAACAGAUACAAAAAAAAAAAAGAAAAAAAAAGAAAAUAUAAAAACAAAGCCAUCCAGUUGCAUUGGAAGCCAACACUAAAUGAGAAUGUACCUGCUUUCCUUUCAUACGCUGUUUUGCACAUCGCCGUGGAGAAUGUUUCCUCUGAAUGUCUGUAAUAUUGACGAGACAAAAGAAACCAACCGAGCCCUGGUAAACAUGUCUUAAUAAAGGAACGUUCACUGUGAGCCG